UACACAUUUUUUCAAAUAAACUUUGUUUAUUUUCUUUCUUCCUAUUCACUACUAACUUCAUCUGAUUUCUAAUUUAUAAUUAUUUUCUGUGGAUAAUACAAUUUUUGUUUUUGUUUUCCAGUUGUGCGGAUUGUACUAGGCGAUUUUUCCUGUGAUGACUGUGACAUGAGGCGGAUGGCUUGAUUAGGCGCGGUCCUCGGUGGAUGGACGGUGAUGUGGGCGGUCGGCGGUCCGGGCUGCUCUUCAACGUGGUCGGCAACGUCCUUGGACUCCUGGUGUCCGGCGCGCGGUGGUACGGGAUGUCCCUCUAUGCCCUGGAUGACGUCCUCAGCUUGGCGGGUGAUGUCGGCUGGUCCCUCUCGGCGUUCUGCGGGGUGCGGCGCGACUUCAAUCCUGACAUUCUCGGUGGGUUGGUUUUCCAUACAUGUGUUAUGUUCGCUUGCUUGUUUGACUGUAACCACCUUUAUUGUAUUCUUCUCCACAUGUAUAUGUUUCUUAAUGCUGACUUCGACGCUGAUUUCUCCCAUAUGCAUAUCUUCAGAUAUCCUAUCCAAUCGGUUAUUUGUUUCUAAAAUUGAUUUAUCCAGACACUCAGCUAAUUUUUUGAUGGUAUUAUCGGUAUCAUGGAAUGCUUUGUCCAUUCGCUGACUCAACUUCUCCAAACCCUGUUCAUUUGUCUUCUUUGCUUCUUGAACUUCCUUCUUUAAUUCUUCCUUUGCUCGCUUACUGUCUUCUUUCAAAUCAUUUAUUGCUUCACUUGUUUUCUUUGAUGCUUCUUUUAUUUGUUUGUUGUCUU